GCCAUGGAAUUUCACCAAAAAUAGAAUCGAACCGAUCAACUUGAUUGACGUAAAAUGGCGAAUAUCUUGAAGUUCUUUGGCGUGGAUCGCGUGAUGCUACUUUACGAAACCGUCAAACAGUACGGAGGUGUCAAAGCUUGCCUCUACAAGAUGUACAUAACAGAUAGCUUGAAGCCGGGAAAGCUGAUGGGAACAGACGAAUUCGGGAACACUUACUACGAGAACCCCAGCUACUUUUUCGGAAGGGACAGAUGGGUAGUGUACGUUCCUCACUUCGCUUUAGAGUACGACGCCAGUCAGGUCCCAGCGGAAUGGUACGGAUGGUUGCACCACAAGACCGAUUUGCUUCCGCACUGUGAUCCGUCUAGACCGAAAUACAAAUGGAUGGCACAGCACAUCGAAAAUCUUAGCGGUACUCCGGGACAAUACGUUCCGUAUUCAACUACGAGGCCUAAAAUACAAGCUUGGGUACCACCGUCUAAUAAAAAUAUCCUUAAAUGUCCCUGAAUUAAAAAGGAUACUCAAAUACAAUCUUAU